GUGUUCGGUGUUUGGUGGUCUCCGCACUUCAGAGGAACAGUCGCGAAUCACCCAAAGCGCGUAAAGACCCUGCUGUAUCCGCGGACAUCUGCGUCCUCUGACCCCGCGUGACUCUGGAGUAUCCACGCGGGAUUGUUAGUGUGUGUAAGAGUUAUACAUAGAGAGAGACAGAGAAAGAGGGAAAGCAGUAAAGAAGAAGAAGAAGAAGAAGAAGGAGGAGGAGGAGGCCACUCCUUUGAUAAACUGUGCAAACGCAAACAAGCUCGCUCCAUGCAGUUGCUUCUGGCUUAUAUUUACACUCAGCAGAUGUGUUUGGAUUGAUACAUCACUAGAGCUGUGAGUUUGGGUCGUCUGGACAGUCUGGAGUCAUCAUUAUUCCCGAGUCGGAUCUUCAAAGAGGAAACAAUGUAUCGUUAACCUGGUAACACACGAAUACAGAGAGGCUGGAGUUGAGAAGAUCCUAGAGCAGCACUAAGCUGGGCCGAAGUCACGUGAAGGCGCAGAGCUGCCCCCCACACACACACACAUCGCAGUCAUGCUGGAGGAGGACAUGGAAGUGGCCAUCAAGGUGGUGGUGGUGGGGAACGGAGCGGUCGGGAAGUCCAGUAUGAUCCAGCGAUACUGCAAGGGCAUCUUCACGAAGGACUACAAAAAGACCAUCGGGGUUGACUUUCUGGAAAGACAGAUCAUAGUUAAUGGCGAGGACGUCAGGCUGAUGUUGUGGGACACGGCGGGACAGGAGGAGUUUGAUGCCAUCACCAAGGCCUAUUACAGAGGCGCUCAGGCCUGUGUCCUGGUCUUCUCCACCACCGACAGAGACUCCUUCGAGGCCAUCAGCAGCUGGAGGGAGAAGGUGGAGACGGAGGUCGGGGACAUACCCACCGUCCUGGUGCAGAACAAGAUCGAUCUGCUGGACGACACCGUUAUCAAAAAUGAAGAGGCUGAAGGUCUCGCUAAAAAGCUGAAGUUGAGAUUCUAUCGGACGUCAGUGAAAGAAGACCUCAACGUCAGUGAAGUUUUUAAGUAUCUUGCUGACAAAUAUCUGCAACGACUCAAGCAGCAGUCAGCAGAGGGGACCGAGGUUGUUCAUUCAUCCAGCAAUAAAAUAGGUGUUUUCAACACUAGCGGCGGCAGUCAUCCCAACCAGACCGCCGGCGAUCUGAACGGCCGUGAGGUCAUAAACCUGCGCCCAAACAAGCAGAGGACCAAGAAAACAAAAAAGCCCUUCGGUAGCUGCAGACUGCUCUGAUUCACGUGUGCCUGGCAGGGAACCAGAGGCUUCAUUAGCGCUAAUGAGAGUGGAAGAGAAGGAGGUGUGCAAUCCAGAGCAGAUCUGUCAUGAUCAGUUCAUCAUGGGCUUCUGCUGACGGACACGGCUAGUGUUUCACAGAAUCAGUAAAUUGGAGGUCUGUUGAGCUAUUUUUGUAUUGAGUAUUGAUGAGUAGGCCCAAAUCUUUUGGACACUGCCCUUCCUCACAUUUGAACAACAGUUGUGACUCAAAAUUUAGAUGAAAAGCCAAUAUAUUUUCUCACAGUCAAAUAUUUGGUGAGUUAUUCCUUGUGGUACACAGCAGGGUAAUUUUCUCUGAUGAGAGUAAAACACUUAGGAUUUCUAACACACCAUUUGUGCAUUUGGACUCCUCAUCGUUAGUGCAGUAUGUUUGUAUCGAUGGAGGUGCAUCAUUUGUGUCACAAUCUUCCCUUAAAAGUUAUGUUCAUUUGUUGUUUCUUAUAUGAACGUCGUCACAAGUUUCAAUCCGUAUGUUCUUAUAGGUAUUUUUGUACGAAAGAUGUAGUAAAGUAAUGACUUGUUUAAAUUCAAAACAUUUAACACCGUGCCAAAAUGUUUCUAAACUCAUAUACUUGUAAAUGGUUAGGGGGGUAAGAUUUUUUAUCUUUUUUUUUUAAUUGAUAUGCAUCAGAGGUAGGAUUAUAUGGAAAAAUAUUCUUUUGGGAUAAAGGAAACUUUUUUUUUUUUUUUUUUGGUUGCUGGCAACACGGCCAGAUACUCUAGUGUAAAACGACACACUCUAGACACCAGACGACACUAGAAGUUACUUGAUAUAAUGAAGCCUUUAUGGAAAUCACACUGAGAUGGCAUAAAAACAGUCAUCAUAACACUGUUGUAGCAAAUAGUGCAUAAAAAUGUUAAAAUUCAUAUGCAGUCAAACUCAAGGCAUGUUUUCACACUGUUCACUAAAUGAACAGCAGGAAUUACAUCUAAUAAUUUCAUACACACCCGCAAUAAACAUUAAUAUUUCAUUACAUAUUCCCUUUCUGUUUCUAAUAAUCAUUUAACUCUGAAAUGUGCAUGAAAUGCUUUAAUUGAAUUUAUAGCUAUUUUUAAAAUAUAUAAUUAAAACACACAAAAAAAAGUGGUAUCUUACCAGCUCUAAUAAUGUUAUAGCAACUGAAGUUUAAAUCUGAUGCUAUUAAACCAUGUCUUUAAUAUCACUCUGUCUGUUGGACAGUUGAGGCCAAAGUAAAACUAAACCGAAGUCAUCAUAAAUGUACAGUGAAUAUCGCUCAGCACUUCUCACUGCUGCAUAUUUACUGUACAUGUGCACCAAUUAUUAUAGUGCCUAUAUUUUUGCAUUCAUGAAAAACACUGUUAUAUGUGAAUACUGAAUCAUCUGGAAAGUAAAUGCACAUUUAAAAUCUACUGACCCAUGAAUUUACAAUCAAUGUAUAAAACUCACGUCAAAGUUUACCAAAUAUAUUUGAGUAACAGUAACAGUUGACCAAGAUUGAGAUCCUGUUUAAUAUUGGACUAAACUGCACUGAUAUUAUUACCCUGACCUUCAGCACAGUAUUGGGCUUUACUUAUGUACAGGAAUCCACCAAGGAACAAUUCAGAACUGUGUGAAACUAAAAAUGUGUGUUUCUAGAGGAUCUAUGACGGAGUCCCAGAGCCUUAACCACUGAAGCCAUUAGAAACAACUGAUCUCGUGUGAUUUUACUGAAGAUUGAUGUGCUCAAUGUUUUACUAUAGACCCAACAUUCCCUCUCUGAGUUUUAUAUCUGAAUCAAUCCGAGGAUGCUCCAGAAUGGUUUUGAUCUGAUGUCUGAGGAGCUUGAGCAGGUAAUAAUAAUCUGUUCACUUCUUUAAAUAUGGCCUAACUCUGGACUGAUUGUAUUUAUUGAUGAAUGGCAUGCCUCGUGUUUGUUUGAAUGUGGAAUCAUGGUACUUCGCCAAACGGCCUUCAUGUUUACAGCUUGUGUUCAGUGCUCGAUGUGAUGAAUGGUGGUUUUCUCCUUUGCUGCAGUGACACUACAAUGAACUAAAGGCACUUUAUUUAUCAGAUAUAAUUCCUGAUCAUAUUAUUGCUUGGUUAUCUUAAAUAUACAGUUUCUAAUACAAGUACUGCUUCAUUUCUUUGACUUUCUAGUAGACGUUGAGAAUAUAUGCCAGCAGCACCGGUUACUACCUUCUAGUCGGCAGUGUCACUUGCAGUGAUGUGUGUUUCUGACUGUAUGAUUAUUAAUGGUUGGGUGGUUGACAGAGAAGGACAAAAUAAAGAAGUAGUUGUUUUA